GCAUCCAGCACAGCUGAGACCUUUGGCCGCCUUCUAGGCUCUUCUCGUUACAUUUGCAAACAUGUCAUGUCGCUAGUACUUGAUAACACUGUAUUUGGAAAGAAUUUGUGUAUUUCAACAGUGUUAUUAGCUACAAACUCUGCUAACUAGAGCAUUAGCCGUACCAUACUCCCACACACACAUAUGACAGCCAUUGCGGCUGCGUUUUAGGCAACCUUAGUACACAGGAAGUGUUUCCCUCGGACAUGACGCCAUUGGCUGCUGGGGCUGUCAUUUUCGGCUGAUUUUGAUGACUAGCCUUUACAUUUCUGGAGGCAUGUCAAAGAAAAGAGGCAGAAAGCGAAGCAGUGGGGAACUGAGUGACACACUAACCCCCGACCCCAACUGCAUCCUGGGACUUCGCAUUCAGCACAACUGGCGUGAGAAGGGCAACCAGAGCAAAUGGAAGGGCACCGUGCUGGACAGGCUCAGUGUGAACCCAUCGCUCUUCAUGGUCAAGUACGAUGGCUUUGACUGUGUUUACGGCAUCGAGCUCUUCAAAGACGAGCGAGUGUCCAACCUGCAGGUCCUCUCUGAAAGCGUUGUAAACAACAGGAUCAAGAUACCCCCCGGGGCUGAGGAGCUGGUGGGAAAAGCUGUGGAACAUCUUUUUGAAAAGGAGGAUGGAGAGAAGAAUGAGUGGAGGGGCAUGGUCCUGUCAAGAGCUCCUGUCAUGACCAACUGGUACUAUAUCACCUAUGAAAAGGACCCAGUGCUUUAUAUGUACCAACUGUGGGACGACUAUGCUGAUGGAGACCUUAGGAUUUUGCCUGAAGCAGAAAACAAGCACCUGUUGCCUGCUGACAGGAAGCCGGGAGAAGAGACGGAGAGCCUAGUAGGCAAACAGGUGGAGUAUGUCACCGACAAAGGCGUGAAGAGGACAGGCCUCGUCAUCUACCAAGUUCCGGCCAAGCCCUCAGUCUACUACAUCAAAUAUGAUGAUGACUUUCACAUCCAUGUCUAUGACCUGGUCAAAACCACCUAGAGGAGAGACCCCCACCCCCAACUCAUCCUUUUUAUUUAAAGCCAUAACUAAUUCAUGCUUGUGUGCAAUCUUUCUUUGCUUUUUCUUUGUAUGUUUGCACAGCACAACUGUAGCGUUCGCUGUAUUCUAUGUACGGCAUGGAGGGAGUGCAUACUUGUAUUGUUGCUGCCGAUUGGAAGUCCACCAAAUAGCCUUCCCCCGGAAAGCCUGGAUCAAGACAUCCUCAAAAAGGUACUGGCUAUGCAGAAGCAUAGUCCACGCUUUUAAGCGAUGACCAAAAUAAUUGCACAGACAGGUUACCCAGCUAACAAGCAUGGCACAAGUCAAGAUAGACAUAGACAACCCUCCAUUAAGUGGAUUUCCAGACCAAUGCUUUACAAGACAUUAAAAAUUUAAAUGUCAUUGUCGUACGGCAUCUGCUCCUUUUAACCUUUUAACUCAAGCUCCUAGGAAGAACAGCACAUUUUUUUGUUUAUCAAGCUGCCACAUGCUUGCUUCCCAAUUACACUAGAUGCCACACAAAAAAAAAAUCAUGAAGUGCCUUCAGGCCUGUCAUCUUUUGCAAUAUUGUACAUAUCUUUCAAAGAAUCAUCAUGGCGUAUGAAGGCUAUUUGUGUCUUAUUAAUAAUAGGCUGCAGACAAAUUUGUAAUAGUCGGUGUGCCCUUGUGUUGUGUUUUUGCCUCUAAAUGCAGUAUGUUCUUUAAACCAAUGCAAUGGUUGUGUAAUCUCUGAUGUUAUAACCAGGAGCACUUUAUUGUACAACGUUUACAUGUUUAGAUACGUAGAUAUCCCCUCUUCAAAAUGAUGUGUCCAAAUAUGCUUUGUUAUAUAGGCAUGAUGGUAAAAAACAACAUACAGCAGCACUUUCAGUAUUUGAUCCCGAAAAAUUGUGUACAAUUGUAUUAAGUUGCCUGUUGUGAUUAUUCUCAUAUGAAUACGUCAUCCAAACAAUAAACAGGCAGUGUGGCUCACACCAACUCUGGUUCUACUUA